AGUUGACCGCGGAUCGUCGAGGAGGGAGCAUGUGCGUUAUCCCCUGCCCACGUGCAACGUUCGUUGCAUCGCAAACUUUGUGAGGAGCACAAUAAUUUAAUAUUAUUUUGAAUUAAUCGUGAAAAAUUGUUACACAAAAUUGCGAAGUUUUUUUUUAAAAACGUUAUUAUGUACGUAGAAAUUUAUUGAGGCAAUUUUGUACAGGUACUAAAACUAAAUCAUAUUUUACAAUAACUACUAGUUAUAAGAAAAUUUUUAAACUCUGUGAUGUAGAAUUUUAUUAUGAACAUACCGGAUUAUAAAAUAUGGUAAAAUUGAAAAGGACAAAGUGUUAAAAUGUGUAAAAAUGAGAAGAACGUGUCAUGGGAGACGGAGGCACUUAUGGGUGCAAAGCCUGAAUCGAGAUGGAGCAAUUUCUGUCCAAGAGAAGCCUUGUCCCAUGUUGGGUUAUUCGUUGCGUUAAUGCUGUACACAGCUGGCGGCGGAUUGGUAUUCCGUGCGUUAGAGUAUCCAGCUGAAAUGGCUAAACAGGAUUUUCAUAGGGAACGUGUUCUAAGUGAAAGAUGGAAUUUAAUACGUUUUGUAGCUCAAUGGACAAACGGGACUGAGUAUUUUAAUGGCGUUGAAGAGCUGCUAAGCCAUCAUUUAGCUAUUUACGAAAAGGUGUUAGAAGAAGCGUCAUCAGAUGGCAUAUCGUUGGAAGUAGAAAAGAAUUUUCCACCAACCGAAGAAAGAUGGAGCAUUUUGCAAGCUGUAUUUUUUUCUUCAACAGUGCUCACUACUAUAGGUUACGGUAACAUAGUGCCGGUAACAUUUUGGGGAAGGUUGUUUUGUAUCGCUUACGCCUUGAUAGGAAUACCAUUCACAUUAACGGUCAUCGCUGAUCUAGGCAGAGUUUUCGCCACAUGUGUUUCCUUUAUCGCUAAACAUCUACCGUCACCACCUAAAUGUUGUACAAGAGUGACAGAAGCCAAUCCUGCCGGUCAGAGAUCUCUUUACGCACUCGGAGCAGUUGGGUUUUUGUUUGUGUAUCUGUCAGCUGGGGCUGGCUUGUUCAAGAUGUGGGAGGAUGAUUGGACCUUCUACGAUGGAUUCUAUUUUUGUUUCAUCACGAUGACGACCAUUGGAUUCGGAGAUAUUGUACCAAAGAGACCGAAAUACAUGCUGCUUUGUACGUUGUACAUUUUGAUUGGCUUGGCGCUAACGUCAACUAUUAUUGAGCUGGUGCGGAGACAGUACGCAAGAUCUUGGCAGCAAUUGCGCGCACUGUCUGGUCCCCUAGCUGACACGCUGAGAAGACUAGGCGACGCCGGCCGAGGUGUCGACGUCUCUAGCCUACACAGUGACCUUAGGAAAGUUUUAACUGUGAUCGCACCUCCGUCUAGCGAGCUAAGCAAGCCUUCAAGAUCAAGGCUUCGCAUAGUCGAACCUGGAUGUGUAAUGGGAAUGGUCCCGGUUACAAUGCCGCGUCUGAGCAGCGCCGGUGGUGGAGCACUAUCGGAAAAGCGUCGCUUAGAACUGGAGGCAGCCGUCGAAGCGGUCAUCAGGGACAUCACAUCUCCGGUACAGCAAAAGCCUCCGAUCGUCCAAAUUGUCAUUUACGAAUCGUCUGUUUGAACUACUUUUUGACUCUUUCCAAUGCUAUCGAGCUUAGGCGUGUUUAAAAUGCUACAAUUAUUCAAAAGAUAUACUUAAAAAAAAAGUGCGUGCGUACAAAGUACACAUGUCAGAAGUGAAACUUUUUUGGCGAACUAAUUUAUAAGUCUUGCUUAUAUUUAUACAAAUCCAAAACUUUAGAUUUCCGAGACUUAGAGGAAGGGAAAAAGGAAGAUAUGUUCCCGCCAAAAGUCUGUCAAAUGUCGAUCUCAAACCUCAGUGUUGACAGUCACAUUAUGUUUAGAUUUCUAAAUUGUAAAUGACUAAUAUUUUGCCAAUUGAAUUGAGACUAAUUUAAUUUCAUGCUAUUUGAUUAAUGUUCCAAAUUCUUUUCAUUUCAUUUCAAUUCCUAUUAAAAAAUUUCACAAAAAAAUUAUAUAAUAUUAGGCUAUAUGGUAUGAUACAUUUGCUUUUCCAGUUGGAAAAAUAUAACAACUACUACUAUUGACAUUUGACAAGUACUUAAUUUCAAUAGUAGUUGAUGUCACUUCCGUUGCAUACCUGCGUGACGUUCUGUAAAAAUUUUACCCUCAUGCGCCUAAAGAAGUUUCACUUCAAAAAAUACGUAUGCCCAGCCUGGAAAUUGGUGACACUGAAUAAAACUAAAUGUGGAGUGUUUAUUGUUCAAGCGUUUUAUCGAAAAAAAAAUCUUGAUAUUCGAAUAAAAUGUCUGUGCUUCGACAUUGAUCUAAUAUACAAAAUAUUCUUAAUUUUACGCAUAGAUUAUGUAUAUUGAUAUUGUUAUGGUGUCGGAUCACGGACUUCUUUUUGCGUGUUUUUCAAGCAUUAUGAUAAGUUCAAGGGUGUUUCACUUCUAUAUUAACAUGCUAUUAGCACUGCCUUCAUGAGACACGGCACAAUAUUGUUAAGAUUUACUGUACAUUUUUGGAGUCCUUGUAUGUAUUUAUUUGCUGUGUUUCAAAAGUAAGAAUAAAUUUUUUUAAUAUAAAACCGUAUGAGAAAUGAAAUACUUUAAAAGAAGCUGGUAUUGGAUAUAUGACAGACUUUAAUGAUAUAAUUUAUUACCAAUAUCAAUGGAAGUUAUCCUAAUUUUUAUUUAUUUGAUAUGACCGAAACUUAAAAUGCAAACCUUUACCUACAAGUAAACAUUUUAUUUUUUAAACAUCUUGAAAAAAAAAAACAGUACUAUAGUUAAACAUUUUAAUAUUCAGCACAACUAGAGAAUAGUUAUCGUGAUGACUUCCAUCACGAUAGCUAUUAGAAAUCACGAAUUACCGAAAAACAACAAUUAACAGUGUUUAACACGGUUUAUGUUUGUGGGGGACAAUUUAAGGAUACAUUUUUGUGUUUAAAAGGUUAGUGAUACUAAAAUACAUAAUAUUAUUAGACUAAUUGUAUUCGAUUACGUUUAAAACGGCUUUUGAUUUUGAUUUUUAAUUUAAUAGUACUAUGAAAUUAUGCGUUUCAAUGACAGAAGAGCUCAAGAGUCCUUUGACACUGCAAUAAGAAUACCGCCAAGCGCCUUUAGACAUUACGUCGAAAUUUCACUUGCAUUAGGAUUGCUGCUAUCGAGUAGUCGGCUCAUGACACGAAUAAAGGGAGUUAAUAGUAAUAAUCAAAUCAUUACAAAGAUGGACUGAUCAUAGGAACAGAACAGAUACCAGGAGUAGUCAAGGAUAGCAUUGUCGUGUUUUCCACUAUUUAUGCGAAGAUUAACAGAACAGAACUGGUAUCUGUAGUCAGGGAUAGCAUUGUCGUGUUAUCCACUUAUGCGGAGAUUAUUGCCGAAUAUAGUCUGGCCAAAAUUCGUUAUGGAAUUGUUUUGGCAUUUCUGAUUUAAUUUAAUUAUUAUUAAUGUUAUUACUAAAGUAUUUAUGGUUAUUAUUAAUUAUUAUAUACGGAUUAUAAUUUAACACCUUUUGUGGCGAGAAUUUGGAAAAAGCAACUAAUUUAACAAAAGAAUUUCAGUAGGUACUUAGGCGAAUCCGAGGAUUUGGAUAUGUACCGCUUCUUUUAAUAUGAUUUUUUUAAAGUUUGAGUUAAAUCUAUUCGACAAUACAGCCUAUGCUCAAAAUGAAUGAAAUCAGGUUUUUCUUUGCUGUGACUAUCAAUAAUUAUUAUUGUAUGUAGAAUGUUGAUUCUUCUAAGUAUUUACCCACCACCGACCUACAAUAUACAAAUUGAAAAUUUUGGAAUGUACAUUUUGGAAUCGUGGUCAUCAGAAUUGAACUUUUGCCUCUGAAACAAAACAAAAAAGUAUUUAAAUCUAAAAUAAUUUGAUCUCAAUGUGGAGUGAAGGAACGAAAUGAAUAUGUAAUUUCCAAAAGGGCACAUCUCUGAAAAUGUAAAAUGUUCAGGAAAUGAAAAAAAACUGAUUAUUUUCUAAAGCAGUGUAAAAUUUGAAAUAUUAACUUUUGAGAUAUAUUUUAGUGUUAAUUAGCAAUUGAAAAUUACUGGAAUUAUUAUAAAAUGAGUGUAGGUAAUCCUCAAAAGUACAUGUAUGUGAAAAAAUGUAUUUGACAAAAUAUGCGACAUGUGCCCUUUUCGAAAUUGCAUAUUCAAAUGGAACUUAACGCUCGUUUGACGGCAUACGAAAACAUUCGUGUGCCAACAGCGAAAUAAAGAUGUGACCAAUAUGUUGUGUACAUUGAACUUUUUUUGUGUAUUGUGUUAAGAUGUUUAAUUUUGUAGGCAGGCGGCGCUUUGUCUAGACGUUUCACAUAACUUUUGUAACGGAUAUAUUUGUGUUUUAUGACUUGUUAUUCCUAAUACUAGUACGUAUGGAACGCAUUAAGUCAUGGUUUACGAUGAAAUACAUUUCAUGCCUGACGUGAUACGUUUUCCGAAUAGUUUUAUUGAUGACUUAAACAUCACGUGACUUAAGUAUAGAAAUAAAUGUCUGCGUGAAUUUGGACAACAAUUCGAGAGUGCUAAUUUUGGUUUGGUACAAGUAUUUUAUUUCAUCUUCGGCUUACAUCGUUUCCUGUAAACAUGUGUCAUGAUUUUGGCAAUGUUCAAAUAUACUCGAAUUCCGAAUCAUCGUUGAAGUUUCGUCAUAGGAUCCAUAUAUCGAUACAGUUUCGUAUGGAUUUUUUUUAAAUGAAACAACACAAACUCUAUCUCGUAAGCUACAACAAGGUUAUUAUUGAAGCCGAUAAUCAAUUUAUUUCAUUAAAUGAGGUUGAGCGUAAUUAAUCGUAACUACACUUUAUCUAUUUAAUCAAAAUGUACAAUUUAAUCAUCCACUUGUAAGUAAAAGAUGUCAACUCAAUUUAUGGUUGCCAUAAAUAUUCACCAAACUAAUAAACGUCACAGCAUUUCAGUAGAAAGGUGUCUUAUGGACUGAAACCGUUGCUGUGCGUACAUUCUAUGGUGAAGCGAAUGAUUGAGGAAGGAAUAAUACAUAUAUAAUGUGGUAUCUGAUUGAAAAAGUUAUGUGUGUAUUAUGAUGAAUUUUUUUCUAAUGUACUCAACAAAUGUCCACGAUUGACUUCCACGGUGAAGGAAUAACAUCGUGUAAUAAAAAUCAAACCCGCAAAAUUAUAAUUUGCGCAAUUACUGGUGGUAGGACCUCUUGUGAGUCCGCACGGUUAGGUAUCACCACCCUGCCUCUUUCUGCCGUGAAGCAGUAAUGCGUUUCGGUUUGAAGGGUGGGGCAGCCGUUGUAACUAUACUUGAGAUGUUAGAACUUAUAUCUCAAGGUGGGUGGUGCAUUUACGUUGUAGAUGUCCAUGGGCUCCAGAAACCAUUUAACACCAGGUGGGCUGUGAGGUCGUUCACCCAUCUAAGCAAUAAAAAAAAAGUAUGAGUGAAAAAUCAGUCACAAUAAAAUUUUCUUCUCUACAAAAUUAUUAAAACGUCAUAAACGCUUUCACAUUACAGAAAAUUACAUAAAAAGAAUACAAUAGUAUGGAUAUGCAAAUAUGCACGAGGAAGUUGUAGACGACGCGCCUAGCGUAUUUAUAAUUUAUUGUAUUUCGUCGAUACAUAUACCAAUACGUAUCAUUAAUACUGAAGUGUUUUUCUUGAGUAAUUUGAAGAGCAAUGAUCAUUGUGAUUAAAUUCAUAAUUUUUUUUUAUUUUUUUUUAUUGCCCUUUUAGGCAGACGAGCAUACGGCGCACCUGAUGGUGAGUGGUUACCGUCGCCCAUGGACUUCAGCAAUGCCAGGGGCAGAGCCAAGCCGCUGCCUACCGCUUAAUACUCUCCACAAGCCUCGUUUGAAGAAGGACAUUUAAUUUAAGGAUAUUUAAUGUUUUCUUAUGUGAAAAAAGUUACAGUACGUUCAUCGUCAUUUGGAUAUCGUACUUACUGGCACCUUUUGUAUAGUUACAACUAAAAAGUUGCCUUCAACGAUGAGCUAGCUUUUGUAUAAAAAAAUAUGCGUACGUUAUGAUAUGCAUAAAUGCAAAAUUCAAUGCAAUGAUUUCCUUCAUAGAUCUAAAACGUUUGUUUUAAAUAAAAUACGUAAUUAUAAUUGAGAAUUUAAUUUAUAAUUACGCGAGUAUAUACUAAUUCAGGUCGAAUAUAUUGUUUGAAAAAUGAGCUACCACAGAACAGUUCGUAUAUGGUUUAUUGAUCACUUUACUAAUUAUAAUUGGUUAUCACACGUUUUGAUACAGAAACAAUUUCGAUGAAUCAAGAGAUACUGUUAGAAGACUAGAUAAAUACCAGAUUUGAGUUUAAUUUGUGUACGUGAAGCAAAAAC